AUGCGGAUAAAUGUCGCUUUGCUCAGCGGGCGGACGGCAUCCCUACACGUGGAGUCGGAGGCCCUGGUGCAAGAGCUGCGCCGUGAAGCGGAGCGAGAGCUUGGCUGCCGCGGCUGUGCGGCAAAGGCUCAAAGCUGUCGUCUCUUCCAGUGGAGAAGCGAUCUCCGAAGCAAAAACUCUAGCUGCAGCGGGAAUUGCCGACGGGGAGACGCUGUACCAAGGUACGGCCUGGUCUAUGACGCCGGGGGGCCCCUCUGCAACCGCUGGUCCCGCGUGCUAGUUGUCGUGACAGAGGAGGGCAAUCUCAGGACUUGGUGGGGCACCUACUGGGGUCGAAAUCGCGGCAGAGGCUAUCAACCCCCGCUGCAGGAUGUGCGGCAGGUCGCUAGCACCAGCCGUGCUGUAGCCGUCGUUCAUGCAGACGGCCGAGUGACGUCCUUUGGUAGCCGGGAUCACGGCGCCAGCUGCAAGAAAGUUGAGGAACGACUUGUGGACGUGGAAAAGAUCGCGGCAACAUCUGGGGCCUUUGCGGCCAUCUGCCGUGACGGCUCUGUGGUGACUUGGGGCCGCCCCCAAUGCGGGGCGAAUAGCAUCAGCGUGCGGUCCCAGCUGCGGGAAAUUGUCGAAGUCUGUGGUACCGCCAAUGCUUUUGCAGCCCGCCGGGCCGACGGUGCUGUGGUCAGCUGGGGAUUUGCCGGAUACGGCGGGAAUAUUCCGCCAGAGGUUACGGAGGUUCGAGAUGCCCAGGAGCUAUGUUCGACUGCCCAUACCUUUGCAAUGCGCAAAGCUGACGGUACUGUUUUGACGUGGGGACACGGUCUGGACGUUAGCCAUGUCCAAGAUCAGCUGCAGAAUGUCCAGGCGCUUUGCGGCACCAGCUCCGCCUUUGCAGCCCUCAGGGCGGAUGGCACUGUGGUUUCCUGGGGCGAUUCACGCAUGGGCGGAUGCUCUGCAAGUGUGCAGGAUCAGCUCUGGGGCAUCCAGCAGCUGACGGCAACAAGCAGGGCGUUUGCUGCGCUCCGUUCGGACAGUCAGGUGGUGUGUUGGGGUGACCCGGCAUGCGGCGGCGAUGCCUCAUCCAUGGAG